AUGUCAAAGCUUUCGAAAGACUACGUAUCGGACUCAGAUUCAGAAGACGAAGUGAUAUCAAACGAGUUCAGCAUACCAAAUGGGUUCAAGAAAUGUAAACAUUUGAAAAGUUUUCCCCUCGACAGCGGUAACAACAAGAAGCCUAAACAGCAACAGAUCUGGCUGAUCAAGUUUCCGUCAAAUGUAGACAUCUCCAAAUUAAAGUCUUUACCAAUAGAUUUUGAAUCCUCCACAACUAUGACCGUUGACAACCACGAAUAUAAAAUCACGGAAAAUGCGAACAUUGAGACCUUAUUGACACAGGGCAACCAAAGUAGUAUGAGCUUGUUGGUUCCUUCAGAGGAUAAAGAAACCCUAAAGAUUGCCGCCACAGGCAAGGAUAGCACACCAUUACAAUUCGACAAAUUAUUCUCUAUCAGCGAAAAUUCCAAGGUCCCAGCUAUUGAUUACAAGAAAGUGAGAGUUCCUCGUAAAGACGUUCCAAAAGUGGAAGGCUUGAAGCUGGAACACUUCGCCACAGGUUAUGAUGCCAAAGACUUCGGCGUCACUGAGAAUGUAGUAACGAAAGAACAUAAGAAGGAAUCAAAGAAACGUUCACAUCAACACAAUGAAGAGGGAGAUUCUAAAGAUAAGAAGAAGAAGAAGAAGGAGAAGAAGGAUAAAAAAAAGAAGCAUAGAGAUUAA